AUGAUUUUCACGCUAGACUCAAAUCUUUGCUUUACGUACGGAAAGGCACUCAGAAGUAUACGAGAGCAUCUAGAUCCUGUUGACAUUCAUUCGUCAGACAGCUCAACAUUGGCGCCAAAAAAGCGUGACAGGCAGCCGAGCAAGAAGGCUGCCCAAAGGCGAGAUGAUGACAGUUCAAUCGCUGGACCGUCGACGGGAAAACGAUCCGAGAGCUCACGAGACCCCUCAGAAUCUCGUCCCGGCAAGCGUCCUGCCUAUCCAGACAGCGAUUAUUUCGACCUUCCCAGCGUACCAUCACAGUUCUAUAUCCCUCACGAUAUCUUUCAGUUCUGUUACCUUGACAACUCUGACCGCCCUGUAAGCGAUCGUAAUGAAGCGCACGUUGGAGGAUACUCUGUGCAAAAUUCAUAUCGCUUGGGCUACAAAGUUCGAUAUCUAGUGGGGCGUGAAUAUGCCAUGCAAGAACGGCUAUAUGAUUCAAAGCCUUCGGGCGACGGGAAAUCAGCUACCGCCUUUGUUGAUAUUGAAGACUCUGACUGUUUUGCCAUAUCGACUCUGCCGCUUGAGGAAUUUGCGCAGCCGUCCCUUUCCGAACUGUUGUCAGCGGAGACUGCUGGACAACGUGGAAUAACAUAUUCUCUUGAUCUUAGCAGGCAGGGCCAGACGUCGUAUUCCCGCGCGAACACAUCGACAAUCAUUUCCACUACGAAAAGGCCGAAAGUUAUCGAAGAGAAGCUCAAUCCUCCCUACCAGGUGACAGCCUCCCGUUCCAGUCUGCAAAAGAUUGGGCCAUAUUCUCAGCCUUCUGCACAAACAUCCCCACCUAAUCCCCCACCUAUGAUGGCGAGCAAUGGUAUUUCGUCAAGCCGCGUUACAUCUACACUGCGUCAUACACCUCCUAAGAGUAUUCCACCAAAUAUCUUGGGUGUAAGCACGUCUCAGAGAGAUGCAGGUCCGGGUAGGAUCAGUGAUUGUCCUGUAGCAAUGGCGCGCUCCCACACCACGCCGGUAUUGAAUCCGACGGGAACUAGGACGCAUAAGCGAUCUCGACCGUCCCACGCCAUUCCAAAUCUUCCUCCUGCCCAAACCACCGACAACGCCUCCGGUGAUCCAAGCAACUUCAUUUCCUUUGAUCCAAUCAUAUUUGCAGCUCAGACUUACGAGAUUGUACAACUGGAGAAGGGGGGCAUCAAAGUAGAGGUGCGCGUUCUGGUUCUAGCCGACGCCUGCUGGAUUGCACGGCGGAAGUAUCCAGCAGGCAACGAGAUGGAUGAGGUGGUUCUCGACGCCAUCGUGGAACGGAAAACAUUGAGAGACCUACACCAAAGUAUCGUCAAAGAUAAGCGGUUUCAUAAGCAAAAGUUUCGUUUACACCAGUCUGGUAUUACGCACGUAUACUACCUCGUUGAGAAUUACAUGAUGGAUCACGCUCUCAAGGAAUUUGAGCUUCAGAUCAAUACGGCGCUAUCUUCAACGCAGAUCGUUGAUGGUUUCAUGGUCAAAGAGACGCGCGAUAUACAGGACACAAUCACCUGGUAUGUUGGUGUACACGAGGGUCUAAUAGACGUUUACAUGGACAAAGACCUACACAUCAUUCCCUCAGCAGCUAUUAGACGGCACAGCUACCUGGACAUGCAAAAGAUGCUCCGAGAACGGCAUCACGAUCGCGUGUAUCUGACGACAUUUACCCAGUUUCAAUCUCUGAACUCCAAGAACGGGUUCAAGACUGAGCACUGUCUGGGCGAAGAUGCUAUUGAGCGUGCAUGGUUUAAGUGCAGAAAAGCAUUUCGCGAGGCGGAAGAUUUGCAACAGGCGAUGCAACAGUACGAAGACAGCAAUGGUGGUCCGCAAGUACCGAAAGGAAGGCGGAAGGCUAGGAGCAAUGUACCUAAGGCGGAGCUGCUGCCGGCCGAUAUAAACCGAGAGUGUGGGAGACCCAUUGGGGACGUCUUGAGUAAAAAGAUUUACACGCUGUUGAUGUCAGCGGAUUAUAGCUCUGCUGAGUGA